AUGUCUGCUGCUAAGUGUCUGCUGUCUCUGAUGGUGGUGCUCGUGGCCGCAGUGUGUGCGGUUGAAGCGCAGGAGAGGAUUAAGAUGUGUGGGAGAGAGCUGAUACGUCUUGCUGUCUCGUCCUGUGGUAACUCUCGGCUGAGGAGAAGCAUCCCAGACGUAGAACUGGGGCAGCAUAAAUUCACUUCUCACUGGGACCAGGAUGCCUCCACAGAGGAGACUCAGGCUUCAGAGACACCAUCUGAUGGAGAGAAGGAUGUCAUCUCCUUGGUUCCUCAUUGGUACCCCGUGUCCAACCGUAUCAGACGAGCUGCUGGGAAAAUAUCAGACAUUUGCUGUGAGAAAGGAUGUAGCCUGAAAGAGCUGAUCCAGUUUUGCUAG